AUGACCAUGCAGAUGAAAUUUGAAUGGCAUCAUCAUGAUGCUCCAAGUUACGGAGUUGAUCAAGAUCUCAACGAUGAUGUUGCCCAUCAUCAUUAUCAUGAUAAAGUCAACCAUGAGAUUCAGCCAUUUCAUAUUAUUGGUAGAGGCGUGCCAAAAAGCAACGACUCCACUGCAAGGAAACUCAGGUGGUUGCGCUCUCAAAUCAUCGGCGGCUCAGCUGAACUCAAAACUCCCUUUGGGCGGCGCCGCCUCACUUACGCCGAUCACACCGCUUCCGGUCGCUCCCUCCACUACAUCGAGAACUAUAUCACAACCAAAUUACUUCCCUUUUAUGGCAACACGCACACGAGCGAUAGCCACGUGGGAUACCAUACGACAACAAUGGUGCACGAGGCGACGAACUACGUGAAGAGAUGCUUAGGCGGCGGCGAAGAAGACUCCAUAAUAUACUGUGGGUCGGGCUCGACAGCGGCGAUCAAACGCCUCCAAGAAGUGAUGGGAAUCGUCGUUCCCUCAAUUCUAAGGGAGAGGGUUCUAAAAUGCUUAAGCAAGGAAGAGAGGUGGGUGGUUUUGGUAGGCCCCUAUGAGCACCAUUCCAACCUCCUCUCAUGGCGGCAGAGCCUGGCCGAAGUGGUGGAGAUCGGCCUCGACCACCGCGGCCACAUCGACAUGGAGGCUUUGCGGGAAAAACUUAGUUUCUACAUGAAUGAAAAACGAAAAAUUUUGGGCUCUUUCUCUGCUUGUAGCAACGUCACCGGAAUUAUCACUGACACCCGUGCCGUCGCUCGCCUCCUUCACCAAUACGGAGCGUUUGCAUUUUUCGACUUUGCUGCGAGCGGACCGUACACGAAGAUGGAGAUGAGAUCGUGCAAAACAGAUGGAUACGAUGCAAUAUUUUUGAGCCCACAUAAGUUUGUGGGAGGUCCAGGUACCCCGGGGAUACUAUUGAUGAGCAACAUCCUUUACCAGCUUGGUUCAUCAGCUCCAUCAACUUGUGGGGGUGGAACUGUUGAUUAUGUUAAUGAUUUGGAUGAAAAGGACACCAUAUAUGUAGACAACAUAGAAGAAAGAGAAGACGCUGGAACUCCACAAAACAUCCAAAAAGUAAGAACUAGCUUAGCUUUCUGGAUCAAAGAAUACAUAGGUUACAAUGCCAUUGACAAACUAGAGAAGAGCUACAUACAAAGAGCUCUGCAACGAUUCACUCCCAAUCCCAACAUUUUGAUAUUAGGUAACGCCAAUGUGAAGAGACAAUCCAUCUUGUCUUUUCUCAUAUACUCGUCUUCUUCAAACAACACUAGAGGAAAGCCGCUCAAUGGCUCCUUCGUCGCCAAGCUUCUCAACGACCUCUUUGGCAUUCAAGCCCGUGGGGGCUGCGCUUGUGCCGCCCCUUACGGCCACCGCCUACUUAAUCUUAACCACCACCACUCGCUUGCCUUGAGAUCCUUCGUCAAACAGGGAUAUGGUGGAGUAAAGCCAGGAUGGACAAGAGUGAGCUUCCCAUACUACAUGGCGCAGGAAGAAGUGGAAUUCAUUCUAGCAUCCAUCGAAUUCAUAGCUAUGUAUGGCCAGAGAUUUAUGAGUUUAUACCAUUUCAGCUGGAAAAAGGGGUCUUGGACUUUUAUGGAAAACAUUAACUCACACAAAGAUCAAUACGGCUUAUCUUUACAAUCUAUGAUCAGGCCAUUCAACAUGAAACAAAAUGUGGCCUUGAGAUACACGAAUUAUCUGGAAACUGCAAAACGCAUUGCCACCCUUUUGCCCAAAUUUCCACCUCAAAGAGAAACUCCACAAGAUAUAGAUGUUGAUCUUGUGCCUUUUCGAGUUUAA